UAACGGAGAAUACAUCGAUAAGAGAUUGUUGGAAUCAGGACGAGAUUCAGAAUGUUUCUAUCGGUACAUGCAAAGAGACCAUCAUCAAAGUUUCGCAGAAUGGUUACAUAAAAAGAACGCUUCACACUACACGCCCAUUGCGCCCAUUUAUCAGCAAUCGUUGCUAAAUUUACAGUUGAAUGCGCUGAAAGAUGGACAACAAAUAAGUCAUGGAGUUGCAGACUGCGAAACAUCGGAACUCUCGGCAAUAACACCGGAUAUACCUCUGAGAGAACGCGCAUUGUGUUAUUUCGAAUAUUUUCUUAAUUACAAUCCACUG